AUGGGCAGCUCCGACGACCUCCCAACCCCAGUCGAGGGCCCUCCGACACAUGAAAAGGACGAUACUGGUCGCUGGCGAUCGUACACCAAGAAGAAACGGCCCUGGAGGCUGGUGGUGACUGAUUUCGAGGCGAUUGUCAACGCCGACUAUGCAGGGAGCGGAACGAGCGAAGAUCCAUACAUUGUCGACUGGCUGGACGACGACCCGGAGAAUCCAAAGACCUACACCGAGCGCAUGAAAUGGGGAGUCACCCUCCUCGCCGCCACGCUGACCCUCUGUGUGGCCUUUGCCUCCUCAGCAUAUUCGGGCGCGGUGGAUAGUAUUAUAGAACAUUUCCAUUGCAGUGAGGAGGUGGUCAUUCUGGGCAUGUCUCUCAUGGUGCUGGGCUACGCCGUGGGCCCGCUGCUCUGGGCCCCGUUAUCCGAAACCUUUGGUCGCCGAUACGUCUUUCUAAUCUCCUUGGUCUUUUGUACUCUCUGGCUAUCCCUCUGCGCGGCAUCUCCAAACAUCCAGUCACUGAUCAUCUUCCGCUUUCUUUCCGGCACGUUUGGCUCCAGUGCCCUGGUCAUCCCCGGGGGUGAGAUUGCCGAUAUGUUCGAAACCGAGACGAGAGGGAUCGCGGUGGGGAUCUUCUGCGUCGCUCCGUUUAUGGGACCGGCCAUCGGUCCCCUGAUCGGCGGCUUCCUGGGCACCGCAGCGGGCUGGCGUUGGGUCAUGGGUUUUCUCGGUAUCUUUGCCGGGUGUCUCACUGCCAUCGGCGUCGUUCUCUUACCCGAGACUUACGCCCCGGCGUUGCUGCGGUCUCGAGCGAAGCUGCUCUCACAGGUGACGGGACGCGUCUAUUUGACAGCCAUGGACGCUCGUAAUCCGCUCAACAUCCGGGAACUGAUCAAACAUUCUCUGAUCCGUCCGUGGGUCCUCCUUUUCCUGGAACCUAUUGUGUUGAGUCUCACCCUAUACAUGUCGGUUGUCUAUGGUACACUCUACCUGUGCUUCGCGGCUUUUCCUAUCGUCUUCCAGGCCGGUCGUGGCUGGAACCCCGGCGUGGGGGGUCUUGGGUUCAUGGGAGUUCUCGUCGGCUUCCUAACCGGGGUGUUUGUCGUCAUUUUUGACAACAAACGUUAUAUCCGCUGGCACCGCAAGACCAACGGAUUUGCUCCUCCUGAAUGUCGACUGCCGCCGGCCAUAUGGGGGGGCCUGGCAAUCGUCGUCGGCCUGGCGUGGUUUGCCGCGACCAAUGGCCCGAAUAUCCAUUGGGCAAGCCCCAUCAUCGCGGGAUUUCCAUUUGGCCUUGGGUUUGUGCUGGUCUUUCUCUGCUGCGCAAACUACCUGGUCGACGCCUACGUCAUCUAUGCUGCCUCUGUCCUUGCGGCCAAUUCGGUGAUGCGCUCGCUCUUUGGCGCCAUCUUCCCUCUCUUCACCACCUACAUGUACAGGGAUAUUGGCAUCCAUUGGGGAUCUGCCGUCCCUGGGUUCAUUGCACUGCUCUGCCUCCCAUUUCCUGUCCUCUUUUACGUGUAUGGGGCCAGAAUCCGGCGGAAAUGCAAGUACGCCGCCGAGGCCGCCGAGCAUCUGGACAAUGCUAGAGGGAGGUUGGAACGAUCGACGAGCAGGGCAACAAGCCGGGCUGAAAUAGAGCGGGCGCGGAGGGUUGCAUCGAGGGACUCGGAUAUGAGAGCGGGGGUGGAGGAGGAGGACGAGGCUGCUCGAGAGGACGGUGUGAAGUGGUGA